AAGAAGAGGAAGAGGAGGAAGAGGAGGAGAGGUAUAUAAAGGCCAGACGCUUCCCAGAUCGUCACUUGUUCUCCAGCUUUCGUGGAGUAAACAUCCAAACAGACAAGAUGCGCGGCGCAGUUCUCCUGAUGGUGGUGGUGCUGGUGGCGGCGGGCGUGGAGGGCAAGGCGGCAGGAGGCGGCGUACACGGAGCCAAGGGAGGAGGAGGAUCUCAGAGGUUCCUUGGCGGUAUCAUUGGCUCACUGUUCGGAGGUCAAGGCUAUGGCGGAUAUGGACACGGUUAUGGCGGAUACGGACACGGUUAUGGCGGAUAUGGACACGGUUAUGGUGGAUACGGACACGGUGGCUUCGGUGGAUAUCCUCAACCAUACGGACACGGCCACGGUCACGGUUUCGGUCACGGAUACGGUCACGGAUACGGUCACGGAUACGGAUAUGGUUAUAAUCCUUAUAUUCCUCAUUACGGUUAAGUGAGUGUGUGUGUGUGUGUGUGUGUGUGUGUGUGUGUGUGUGUGUGUGUGUCCAGAUGUUGGUUAUUUCUUGCCACAUACCUGUUAAUGUCACGCCCACAAACCUCCCACGCCCACACACCUGUAACUACCGUGCACAUGUGUCUACGUACACCCACACCUGCUUGUAUGUCUGUAUGUCACCUGUGUGGAUAGUUAUAGUCACACACCUGUCACACACCUGUCACGCACCACAUCUGCGCUCAAAGCCAAGCCACACACCUGCCAUGGCUACACCUAUCUACCUACCCAUACCUGUCCACCACCACCACCACCACCACCACCCCACACGUGACACACACCUGUCUAACUUAUUUGUAUUGUAUUUAUUGCAUAUCUGACUCAACCAGUGUAUGUAUGUAUGUGUGUAUGUGUGUGCAUUAUUAAUACAAGCGGUGGAAUAUACUGAUAACAAUAAAACAUUUGCCAUUAUA